AUGGAGACGGAGGUGAUGAUUCCGUCGCCCCCAGCGGACUUCAACUUCGACAGUGCAUGUACAUCACCUUACAUAAGCGCCGCUUCGAGCCCUCAACGAUUCGGCACUUUCUUCUACAGCGUCCCCACCAGCCCCGACCGUGCAGCCGCCUUCUACAACGAAUUCAACCGGUCCUCCCAAUCGGCAGUCCCAUUUAACUGGGAAGAGAAGCCUGGAAUUUCCAAAACAAAAGAAAUAAACAGUACUUACUGUGCUGGUGAAGGUGAUGCUGAUCAGAGGGAUACAGAUUUUUCUUUUGAUUUUAGUGGGCAACUUGAGAAAAUUUCUUUAUCUGCUGAAGAACUUUUCGAUGGAGGCAAGAUCAAGCCAUUAAAGCCUCCCCCACGCUUACAAUCUAAGCCCCUCGAUUCUCCUAAAUCACCUCGAUCUCCCAAGAAAAUGAUCAAAGAUGCAUUCUCCCCACGCCACAGGAAGAAAGAUUUCGAUCCAUUCGCAGCAGCCAUUGAACAGACUCGUAAAGAAAACAUUCAAGAAACUUCGCGAGGAAGAGAAAGAAGUAGUUCAAGUUCUAGACACAAACAAACCAGAUCUUUAUCCCCUUUCCGUGUUUCAGAUUUGUUAUUUGAUCCCGAUACCAAUCGAGAAGACACCAAGGAUUCUUCUAAGUCAUCCUUGUUUUCAUCUUCAUCUUUCUCUUCAUUAUGGUACAAAAAAUGGAAGAUUAAGGACUUAUUACUGUUCAGAAGUGCAUCAGAAAGUCGAGCAACGGAUAAAAAUGAGUUCAACAAAUACGUGUUGCUGAAGAAAAACCAUCUGGAUGACGUAAAGAAUUCAAGUUUCAGAUCUACAGACAGUGCAGGAUCGGUGUCAAGUAGGAGAAGAGGGCCACAAAUUUCAGCUCAUGAAUUGCAUUACACUGUGAAAAGGGCAGUUUCAGAGGAGAUGAAGAAGAGGACUUUCUUGCCAUACAGGCAAGGAUUAUUAGGCUGCUUAGGCUUCAAUCCCAAUACUGUUCAUAAUAUGAAUAUCUCUAAAGGGCUUGGUCCUGCUGGUUCUCUGCCUCGUGGGUGA